AUAGUGAUGGCAGUUGUGGAUCCAUAAAGCAACCUAUGUCUUUAUAAGCAACUCGCCACUCUCCAUCCAUGGAUAGAACCAGAGCUUUCUACACACAGAAAAAUACAGCUAUGGAGGCGCUGAGGCGAAGGUGGGUCGGCGCUGCGGCGGCGUUGGUGGCGGUGCUGCUGGCGUUGGCGGCGGUGCCGGAAGUGUCGGCGACGCGGUGGACUGUGGGGGGAAACAUGGGGUGGACGACCAAUUUCAACUACACUAUCUGGGCUCAGGGGAAGCACUUCUAUUAUGAUGACUGGCUCUUUUUUGUGUACGACAGGAACCAAAUGAAUGUGUUGGAAGUGAACAAAACAGACUAUGAGAGCUGCAAUUCAGAUCACCCACUCCACAACUACACCACAGGAGCUGGAAGAGAUGUGGUUCAUUUGAAUGUCACCAGGCCCUAUUACUUCAUCAGUGGCAAGGGCUUCUGCUAUGGAGGCAUGAAGCUCGCCAUCCACGUCGAACACCUACCGCCCCCGCCCUCCRCCUCCGUCUCCGACAUGAAGAGCACUGCCCCAAUGUCCACUCCGGUCCCCCACACCGCGCUCGUUUUAACUGCUCUUCUCGCCCUCACCCUCACUAGCUAGACCACUCUCAUUUCAUUGAUUGAUAGUUCAACACACUACAUUUUUCUUCACCAAAUUGUGGAAGGAAGGAAAUCAAUGGCUUUUUAUUUUUUUCUUUUCUUUUGAGAAUGUGGUUGUGCUGUUAUCUUUUGCUUUCCCUUUGAGUUAGACUCCAAUAUUCAAAUUAGAUUUUUUUUUUGGGUGGUGGUGUGGAAAAAAAGUGUAGGGUUUGGAUUUUGAUAAUCUCUUUUAAUUUAUUUUUGUCCAUUGAAAAUGGGUUUGCAAGCCACCAUGUGAGUA